GCUUCUCCGGUAACUUAACCUCAAAAUUAAGGCUUCUUGCAGCUGUCAAAUAAUGUUUUAUUAUUCAGAGUCUUAAUUAAAACUGCAUUUUAAGAAUAAAAAAUGCCACCGAAACACAAAUUUCAAGAAGGUACAAGUCGACGAUUGUUUAAUACAGGAGAAAAAGUAUUGUGUUUUCACGGCCCAUUGAUUUACGAAGCCAAAUGUUUGAAAUCUCAAGUCGCAAAAGAAAAACAAGUCAAGUAUUUAAUUCACUACGCUGGUUGGAACAAAAAUUGGGACGAAUGGGUACCGGAAAGCAGAGUAUUGAAAUACAAUGAAGCAAACUGUCAAAAGCAAAGGGAAGUACAGCGUGCACAUUCGAAUCAGCAAUCUUCGCAAAAAAGUAGAAAGAGUGCGACCGGUACGAAAACACAAGGGCGACGAAGUGAAGGAGGUCGGGAAAAGGACAGUGACAGUAGAGCGAGUACACCGGUUGCAAAUGUGGAAAAAGCAACUAGUCGCUCUGGAAAAUAUAGCACAGGAUCACUGUCAAUCACAUCUCACGAUUCAAUAUCAGAAGCACCUAGAAAGCGAAGGGGCCGAUUGGAAACUUCCGGUGAAUCCGAGGAAUUCUUCACUAAAGUUGAAUUAAAAAUUCUAAUACCUCAUGAUUUGAAAGUUUUACUUGUGGAAGAAAGUGAAACUUUGUCUAAGGGGAAAAAGUUACCGAUUCUUCCAAUGCGAAUAACGGUUGAAAAAAUUUUAAACGAUUAUGUCGCAUAUCAGGAAAAAGAUAAUGUUAACGAUUCUUGCAGAGAAAGUGCGUUGGAAGUAACGAAAGGAAUCCGAGAAUACUUCAAUAUUUCCCUCGGUCAACAGUUGCUUUACAAAUGGGAAAAGUUACAAUUUGAAGACAUAACAAGAGAAAAUCCUGACGCUUUGCCCAGUCAGUUGUAUGGAGCCUUCCAUUUGUUACGUCUCUUUGUGAAGCUUGGCAGUAUGCUUUCGUAUAUCGAAAUGGACGAGAGGAGUGUUCAAUUUUUAACACUCAGAUUUCACGAUUUUCUUCAAUUUAUGCAAAAGAACAAAGACAGCCUUUUUAACCUCCAACAAGACUAUCGAGAUUCCACAUUGGAAUAUCAACGAAAGAAUUCUCAGUCUUAAAUUAUUGUAUAUAUACAUAUCUUUUUUUUUUUGAAAAACUUUACUGAACGAAUUUUGAUAUAUUCUGAUCGCGACAAACUGUACAUAUAUUUCAUAUAUUAUUUUGACAUCAUGUGAUUGGUAUUUAAAUCAAUGGAAUCUACAUUUGCAAUGAACAUACAUUGCACGAUUAUCAUGUUUAAUAAAAAUAAUUAUUGUCAA